AAGAUUUAUAUUCAAAUUAUAAAUAUAUACUAAAACGCUAAAAAAUUAAGUACAUGCUAUAAUCUUUUCCAUUAUUUUUCUAACAAAAGAAAGUUAUAUAUGGGCUAAACUUAGAAGGAAAGCCCAAGAGGCCAAGACUAUAUAAAGAUUCAUGACCCGAGUUUAAGAUCCGAUUUCAGAAUUUGGGACUAAAGGAGGACAACGACAAGCGCCGGGAAAAAAUCGAGAGCGACAACAAUGGCGCCUUCUUCGUCGAGCGGUCUCACGUUCAAGCUACAUCCUCUGGUGAUGCUUAACAUAUCCGAUCACUUCACUAGGGUUAAAACUCAGCUUAAUCCUCCCGCCGCUUCUUGCGCCACCGGGAAUGGCUCCAACAACGCCGACGCGAUGUUACUGCAAAACCCUAGGGUUUAUGGCUGCGUCAUCGGUCUCCAGAGAGGUCGUACGGUUGAGAUCUUCAACAGUUUCGAGCUGAUAUUCGAUCCUGCUCUUGAUACUCUCGACAGAUCCUUCCUCGAGAAGAAGCAAGAACUCUAUAAGAAGGUGUUCCCUGACUUCUACGUAUUGGGAUGGUAUUCUACGGGAAGUGACGCUACCGAAUCUGAUAUGCAUAUCCACAAAGCUCUGAUGGACAUUAAUGAAUCUCCUGUGUAUGUUCUUUUAAAUCCUGCUAUCAAUCAUGCACAGAAGGAUCUUCCUGUGACUAUCUACGAAAGCGAAUUUCAUGUCAUUGAUGGAAUUCCUCAGUCGAUUUUCGUGCAUACCAGCUACACAAUUGAGACAGUUGAAGCUGAAAGAAUAUCUGUUGAUCAUGUUGCACAUCUUAAGCCAUCUGAUGGAGGCUCAGCUGCGACUCAGUUGGCUGCUCAUCUUACUGGAAUACAUAGUGCCAUCAAGAUGCUUAAUAGCAGAAUCAGAGUGCUAUACCAGCAUAUUGUCGCUAUGCAGAAAGGUGAUAAACCUUGUGAGAACUCAGUUCUGAGACAAGUAUCUAGUCUGCUCAGAAGUUUGCCUGCCGCAGAAUCAGAGAAGUUCAAUGAAAAUUUCUUGAUGGAGUACAACGACAAAUUGCUGAUGUCUUACCUAGCAAUGAUCACGAAUUGUACCAGCAACAUGAACGAGGUGGUUGACAAAUUCAACACUGCAUACGACAAACACAGCCGAAGAGGUGGUAGGACUGCGUUCAUGUAAAGAUUAGUUUCAAUGUAAAAAAACCUUUUCUUUCUUUUGGUGGUCUGGUCCCUAAGUGAAAAUUUAGAACUCUUUUAAGGCAUUUCACUUUUCGGAACCAAACAAACAGCUAGGAAGCUUUUCUUCUGUUUAAGCUUUGUCUAGACAGAAGCUAAGUUUAGGCCUAACUAAAUUUUGCGACAAGACUGUAAAAACAAAACAGCUUUUACCUUCUCUCAAUUUUUCAUUUAUUCAAAAAUUUGAGCAAUCAGUGAACAAAGAGAUUUGUUUCAUAUCUGUCGUAAUCUACUCAACAUCUCUCUG